GCCUGCAGCCCGCUCUGGGCCCACGAGUGCGGCAGCUCCUACUUCACCACGGGAAUGUGUUCCCGCGUCAGCUCCAGCUUCCGCUUCUCCCGCAGCGUGGCUCCGGCUCUGCAGAGGUGCCAGACCUACAUGGACAUCAUCAUCGUUCUGGAUGGAUCCAACAGCAUUUAUCCGUGGGUUGAAGUCCAGCACUUCCUGAUCAAUAUCCUGAAAAAGUUUUACAUCGGUCCCGGCCAGAUCCAGGUGGGAGUUGUCCAGUACGGAGAGGAUGUGGUCCAUGAAUUCCAUCUGAACGACUACAGGUCCGUGCAGGACGUGGUGGCGGCUGCCAGCCACAUCGAGCAGCGAGGGGGCACCGAGACCAGGACCGCCUACGGCAUCGAGUUCGCCCGCUCGGAGGCGUUCCGGAAGGGCGGCCGGAAAGGGGCGAAGCGGGUGAUGAUCGUCAUCACGGACGGGGAAUCCCACGACAGCCCGGACCUGGAGAAGGUGAUCGAGGACAGCGAGAGGGACAACGUCACCAGAUACGCCGUGGCGGUUUUGGGUUAUUACAACAGGAGAGGGAUCAACCCUGAGGCCUUUCUGAACGAGAUCAAAUUCAUCGCCAGCGACCCCGACGACAAACACUUCUUCAACGUCACCGACGAGGCGGCGCUCAAGGACAUCGUGGAUGCUCUGGGAGAAAGGAUUUUCAGCCUGGAAGGAACCAACAAGAAUGAGAUCUCCUUCGGACUGGAAAUGUCCCAGACUGGAUUUUCAUCCCACGUCGUGGAGGACGGGAUCCUGCUGGGAGCAGUGGGAGCCUAUGACUGGAAUGGAGCCGUCCUGAAGGAAACCAGCAGCGGGAAGGUCAUUCCUCUGCGGGAAUCCUACCUGCAGGAAUUCCCGGAGGAGCUGAAAAACCACGGAGCCUACUUAGGUUACACCGUCUCCUCCGUCGUCUCCACCAAGCAUGAGCGGAUUUACGUGGCAGGAGCGCCGCGCUUCAACCACACCGGCAAAGUCAUCCUGUUCACCAUGCACAGCAACAGGAACCUCACCAUCCACCAGGCCCUCAAGGGAGAGCAGAUCGGCUCCUACUACGGCAGUGAGAUCAAUUCCCUGGAUGCCAAUGGCGACGGCGUCACCGACGUCCUGCUGGUGGGAGCGCCCAUGUUCUUCAGCGAGGGCCGCGAGAGGGGCAAGGUCUACGUGUACACCCUGCGGGGGAACCUCUUCGUUCCCAGCGGAGCGCUGGGGGAUCUCCAGAGUUACCAGAAUUCCCGGUUCGGCUCCUGCAUCGCCGCCGUUCCCGACCUCAACCAGGACUCCUACAACGACCUGGUGGUGGGGGCCCCUCUGGAGGACGAGCACCAAGGAGCCAUCUAUGUUUUCCUUGGAUUCCAGGAGACCAUCCUGAGGAAGUACAAGCAGCGGAUCGCGGCCGCCCAGCUGGCUCCGGGCCUGAGCUACUUUGGCUGCAGCAUCCACGGGCAGCUGGAUCUGAACGAGGACGGGCUGGUGGACUUGGCCGUGGGCUCGCUGGGCAACGCCGUGCUGCUCUGGUCCCGCAGCGUGGUCCGGAUCAACGCCAGCCUCCGCUUCGAGCCCUCCAAGAUCAACAUCUUCACCAAGGACUGCAAGCGCAACGGGAAGGAGGCCACGUGCAUGAGAGCCUUCGUCUGCUUCACCGCCCUCUUCCUCUCCCCUCACUUCCAGACCGCCAGCGUGGGGCUCAGGUACAACGCGACCAUCGACGAGCGCCGCUACUCGCCCCGGGCCCACCUGGAUGACGGCGCCGAGCGGGCAAGGGGGCUGGAGCUGCCGGCGGGGCAGGAGCACUGCCACAGCCUCCCCUUCCACGUCCUGGACACGGCAGAUUACGUGAAGCCGGUAACGUUCUCCAUCGACUACGAGCUGGAGCACACUGAGCACGGCCCCAUGCUGGAGGAUGGGUGGCCCACCUCACUCAGGGUCUCUGUCCCCUUCUGGAACGGCUGCAACGAGGACGAGCACUGUGUCCCGGACCUGGUGCUGGAUGCCAGGAGUGACAUUCCCAGUGCCACGUGAGUUGGAGACCCAGAGCAUCCUCCAGGAGUGUCACCAGCUCGGGGGAGGCUCCAAACUCCUGCCCCGAUCCUCAUUCCGUAAAUUCCGGCUGGAUGGAUUCCUUCAUCCAGCAUCACCACCAGGUUCAUCCCAGCCCUCCAUGAGGCGCUCCUUGGAGCUUCUGAGCCUCUCCCCGCUCCCUGCCUGGAAGGAAUCCGUGGUUUUUCGGGGAAUUUGGUGCCAUGGUGAUGAGUUCCAGGGAUACAAAUCAGGAAAUAACAGGGAAUUAACUGCAAGGCUGGCAUGACCCACCUGGCAAUUACGGGCUUGACUCAUGGAAAAAAUUCCACGCUGCAGCUCCGUGGUUAAAGAGCUAUUAAAGGUUAUCCCUGAAUCCACAGGAGCCUCUGGAGCCCCUCUGGAGCCAGGCUG